GACCUGAUCUCUGUCUUGCCAGUUUCCCUGGGAGGGUAGAGGGGUAUGGUUGUCUGAUGGCUGUGCAUUUAAUCUCUUUGACACUGCUGGGUUCUUGGUGUCUCCACUGGGAUAAUAAUAACUCUGAAGUAAACCUUUCAAGAGGUGAAUGGGGAGAAAACAGAGACUUUUUCCAAAAGUCUUUUCAUUAACAGUUGAGGCCCAGUUCCCUGCAAAAGACCUUCACCCAAAGGUCCAAUCAAGUUUAUCAUGUUCCCAGCAUCGGAUUUUAUCAUCACGGGAAGAAGACCAGUGGUCCAGAGAUGAGCAGACAUUUCACUUUAAUCAGGCUAAAACCAAGUCAUUACCCCUUUCAGAUCGAAGGAUCACACCUGUACCCUCGCAGUACCAGAAAAACAAGGAAACAACUGGGCAUCUGCCUGACUCCGACAAUGAGAAAGUGGCUGUGCUGUUACCUUAUCUUGACAAGUGGAAGAUGACUAAACCACCCUCACCCCAUAAGCAUCAUUACAUGGCCACAGUUUUGCCUUCAAUAUAUCAUGAGUACAAGACUAAAGGAAUUCCUAUGUCAUUACCAUCCCUAGAACAAUGUGUAACACCUCUACUCAGACCUGAGCAAAAGGUUCAAAUUCUGUUGCAGCCUGAUUCCUGGGGAGAAAAUUCUUUGACCUCUGACCAGAAUCCCAAGGUUUCUCACUACCAAUUCAACCAAUAUUCCACAACACCAGCAAUCUCUGACCACUGGUUUGAGGUGCCACUUUAUCCCUCAUCCCAGGAGGGUACCAUGGUUGAAUCAUUAGCAUGCCAUAAUCAACAGACACCAGCUUUCCUAAGUGGUAAACCCUGGAUGCGGGAAACACCUCACCUGAAUCAUUGGCACAGAGCUAUAGUAACAUCAUUGCCAUGUCUUGACCACUGGUACAGGGCUACAGCUAUGACAGCUUCAAAUCUGAGCCCCUGGAUGAAGGCUUCAGGUUUCACUCCAUCACAUUCUCCUCUUUAUCCCAGAUCUAGGGCUGUACCUUCAUUACAAACCAAUCUCUAUACCAAGGUCACAAUUCCAUGCUCAUUUUGCCCCUACCAGUGGAUUAAACGCACAUCAACACUAUCUUCACACGGAAGAGUCAUGGUUUUACCAUCAUCAAAUCCCCAACUCCAGGCCAGGACAAAAGCUUUGCCAUUACUAGGCCCUGAAUUUCCAGCUAAAGGCACAGAUUAUUCACCAUGCCCAGACUACUGUGGUGAGGUUGCUUCUGUGUUUCCUCCAUAUGCCGACAACAUGACAGUUAUUCCACAGAAAUCUGAUAACAAGUCUAAGGACAUAUUUGGAUCAUUACUAUCUUCUGACUCCCAUGAUGUAUAUCUAUCAGAGGCCAGUCACUGUGAUGACGUUGGGGUUUCAGCAGACCUAAAUCAUGAGAUUUCAUCAUGAGGCACUGCCCACUUGCUGGACCAAAUAUUAAUUAGUUUCUAAUGAAAAGACCAGAAUUUCAUCAAGUUCAAGGCACCAUGAUUUGGUUUCUCAAUUUCUGUACUGCCAGACUAAAUCUCCCCCAAGUCUUAAUCACUCAUUUGCAUUUCCACUAGGCUUGAACUAUCAACCUGUUUUUCCAAAGGUCCCAGAUUCCUGAAUUAAUUUUAAGUCAAUUUUUAUUGAUGGAAUAUAUCAACACAAAUUCUUGCCUAGCAGGAAGAGAGAGACUGUUUUGAAAACUAACUCAAAGACAACAAGUCCAAAAAGCCUGAUCCCUUGGUUGUAUCAUCAGUAGGCCUGGACUAUUGAGUGUCACAUUAUCAACCUCAGGCCAAAUGACCAUGCUUUCAUUCAAUCAGAACUCUCCAACACCAUGCCAAUCUACCAGGCCAAUGUACACCAAAGCCUAAUUAUCAAUUAACAUUUCCUCCAAAUUCCAGGACUUGAUCAUCAGAAUACAUUUCCAAAAUACCAGGAUCAUUGGACAAAUAUCACUACUCAGGAAUGAAGGAAUAAUAGACCAAUAUGGGACCAUUUCCUCUAACAGAAUCUUACAAGGCAGGCCUGGAACACUGCAGAGAAAGUCAUAUAAGCCCUUAAUUUUUGGAAUUUCCCUUACAGUAGGUCCUAGCUCCAGAACCAAAGUUCUUAUAGGCAAUGGUUCUUUGGCUAAGACUACAUUGAUCUCUGUUCUCCCAGAAAAGGUAGUUCCUCAGAAAAACUUUUUGGAAGCUAUGCUUAGCAUAACUUCUAGGUAAUCAACAUCAGUUCUAAUGCCCUGGAGAAAAUGUUUAAAAUGAUGUCCACAAAGAUAUACUCCUGCAAGAGCUAAAGUAAUGUCCCUCUCAGUGACUUAGGCCUUAAAUGUCUAAAUUAUUUGGCCUGUUUAAUAUGUGCCUUCUGUGUCCCAAAUGAUUGUGGCCACAUACACUAAAUGAUAUCUUUGUUGAGUUCAAAUAUUGAUCAAAAUAACAUCUUUACUCAGUUCUGAGAAGAAUGGAUAUGAGACAGCUCCAAGCAAAGAUAUUUUUCAUUUUUAGCUUUCAGUAAUGACAUUUCAAUAUGCUCCUGCCCUCAUACUAUCCACCAUUCUUUAUAUCAACAUCUCAGUUGUGAAGCAGACUGAUUCUUGAAUCAUGUUUUUUUUUUUUUUUACUGUCAACUGUAUGCAGGGGUCACCAGGAUUGACAUUAUACUUGUCAAUGAUAACCAGCCAUGGGGGAAGAAAAAGUCAACAAACAUUCAUUAAAAAAAAAAAAAUGCCCACAUAGAGUAACUCCACCAAUGAACAAAGUCAAGAAGACCUGAAAGAGUUCUUUAAAGUUGGCAAGAGAAAUGCAAGAAUAAGUAAACUGCCUGACCUCUGGGUUAUCUUCUA